GGGCGGGCCCAGAGGCCUGGGGCUUUAGGAGGCGAGCGGGCCGCGGGCCGGCCUGACGCUGCUGCACCGCGGGAGGCGCAUGGCGGGCAUGGCGCUGGCGCGGGCCUGGAAGCAGAUGUCCUGGUUCUACUACCAGUACCUUCUGGUCACGGCACUCUACAUGCUGGAACCCUGGGAGCGGACCGUGUUCAAUUCGAUGCUGGUGUCCGUGGUGGGGAUGGCACUGUACACCGGCUAUGUCUUUAUGCCUCAGCACAUCAUGGCCAUACUGCAUUACUUUGAAAUUGUACAGUGACGAAGAUGUGCCCAGGAUCCAGAGGUUCCUGGGGGGAAGAUCGAUCCGCCUUGUGAAGUUGGAAUGAGACCUCAUCUGAUGUACGAUGCUCUCCGGAUGUCAACAUACCCAACCUUAUAAAUAACAGAGACUAAAAUUCAUGAGUAGAACAGGAAAAUCAUCCUGACUCAUGUGUUGUGUUCUUUCUUUUUGAUUUUAAAAAGAGGCUCUUAUAUAGUAGCUUUUGUCUAUUUUAACAUUGUAGUCAUUUGUACUUUGAUAUCAGUAUUUUCUUAACCUUUGUGACUGUUUCAAUAUUACCCAGUGAAAGCUUUUCUUAAUGUAACUUUGAGUACAUCUUAAUUGCCUUCUAUUUUUUAAAUCCAAGGUCAUUAGUUGGGCUUUACUGUUCUUGCUAUUGUAUACAUCUGCCUGGACAUAUUUCUAUUCUUGACCAAAGUUUUGUAAGAACUAUUACAGAAUUUGGGGAUGGAAGGGAGGAUACUUGGAGACCUACUUUAAAGGAUUUAUCUGCAAGCUUGAACUCAGGAGUAUGGGUUUAGCUGCCUAGGCUCUUAACAGCUUUUGCUCCACAACUAUUAAAGUGUUUCUUAGUAGUGAAAAUGUAGAGAUCUUGCUAAAAUGAACACAAGGAACGUUUCACCUUUUAGAUAUCUAAUUCUUACGUGGACUUAUUUCCAGCCAACUUUGAUUCUCGUGAGGGUGGGUGGUCAAUAGCAUUGUGUAAUGCUUCGAUAUACUGUAGAGCUUUUCAUAGAAGGCAGAGUGCAGUUUCCUCUGAGGCAAUAUUGAUGGUGUAUGUGCUCAAAGUCCGUCUGCCGAUUGUGACAGGUGCUGUGAACUGCGUUUGCACACUGUGGGAAGAUGUGAUGAGAUGAACUGUUUAGAACCGUAGCCAAAAGAAAUGUAAACUUGGUUAAAAAUCCUUCCACUCUUUGUAUUUUUUUUAAAAAGGUUUUUAUUCCUUAGAUGUAAAAUGACUACCUAAUUUUUUUUGAUGUAAACUCAUUAAAUUCAAAGAAAAAAAAAUCAAUGAAUAUAGCAGUAUAUCUUUUCUUUUAUGGUUAAA